AUGAAUACAACAUCGUACCAGCCCCCCUCCGCAGCAGGGGUUCACCCCUUUGACACUUUUGCUCGCCGCGCCCAUCUUCGGGCGCAUCUUGAGUAUCAUAGGUUCUGGGAUGAGGCCCACUGGGCGGAGCUUACCACAGCAGCCGAGGAGGCUGUCUGUAAGGCUCUCGACCGCAAGGGAUACCGGUCGGUCUCGCUGCUCUUCUUCGACCACUCGGUCGAUGAAUUGGUCUGGGAGGAGUACAUCGCCCGGAUGAAGUUCAAAGACCGAAAUGAGCAUUGCUGGCCAUGGGGUCUUCUACCAUAUGCCAAGAACAUGGCUGGCGGUAUCUGCCAUGUCUACAAGAACUGGCGACAAGAGAGGGGGUUGCUGGUGGAUGGGCCAGAUGCUCAAAAGCCUACCAUCGACAAGCCUACUGCAAACCGCCAGACCCCGGAUGAGGUAGACACAAUGGUUCAUGUCAAAACCGAGUUUGCAUCAGAUGCUGGCCUGCCAACAACUCUGCCCUCAGCGCGGCAGUCGACCGCCGAACCUCCCAUCAACGAGAGACCGGGUCAUUUCAUAAAGCAGGAGACAGAGAUCGCGGCGGAACAGGAGAGAAGGAUCAAUGCCCUUCAGACCGAGGUUGAUGCUCUCGAGAUGCAACUUGCCGAUAAGCAGAGGGAGAUCGAUUUGCUAAGGACUGCACGCAGCUCCCCGAACUAG